AAGAUAGUUACUAAUAAUUUUUAAAAAUGAAUGUUACAUAUAAGCAAAGAGAAAUUUUAUUAACGUAUAUGGAAUCCCAUCGUGAAUUAUUACAAGGACGAUUAAGCAGUAAAUCGGAAAGCCGCAGGACAAUGAAAGAUAUGUGGGAUGACCUAGCGAACAUCUUGAAUAGUUCUGCUGAAGGUCCCAAAAAGAAUUCUGAAGAAUGGAGAAAAAGCUGGAAUGACUGGCGAAUGAAUGUUCUCAAAAAGGAGACGAAAAGAAGAAAUCAUUCGAGGGGUACAGGUGGUGGUUCUCCUAUGAAAGUUAACUUCACUGACAUUGAAGAAAAGCUAUUGGAGUUACUGACACCCGAAGCUGCCGGAAUUGAGAAUGUGCCUCAGGGAGGAAUUCCUUUAAAGAAGCCACGCAAUGAGCAGAGUUUUAUGAAGGAUUCGCACAGACAUUUACAAUCAACAAGUGUUUGGGAAUUGGAGAAUACAUCUGUUGAAACACAACCGUUUCAAGACAUUCAAAGUGAUGAACUGCAAUUUAUCGGAGAUUAUGAGCCUGUAUUCAACGAAGGAGUCUACACAUUAAGUUCUGCAGAUAAAAAUAAACAUUCUUCAAUCAUAGAAACUACAAAUUGCAGCUCAGAUAAUGAAGCUGAUAAGGAGAAUAUAAAUGCUGGAAAAUCUAAUAAAUUACUUGCGAAAAAACGAAAAAUAAUAUCACCUGUACCUGUACCUUCGCAUACUACUUCUUCAUCAAAAUCUCUUACUGGUAUGUCCACACAAAUGUUAAAAGUGCAAGAAGAAAAAUUGUUAUUAAAACAACAAGAAUUACAAACUAAACGGAAUAUGCUUGCAACACAACAGGAAAUAUUACAAGAAAUGAGGAACAUGAACUCAAACAUACAGGUUCUGUUUGAAAAUUUGUUUUCCUCAGUGUUACAAAAUGAAUAAAACGCAUGGAACGGUGCUGGUAUAAAUCAAAAAGGCUGUAAUACAUUCUACAUAUGUGUGAUUUAUUUAGAAAUGUACUAUAUAAACGAGCUGUAAUUUUGGUAUAAGUGUUGUUAAGAUUGCUACCGUAGGAUUUUUAUAAAUUCAGUUAGAAUUUUUAUUUUUUUCUGUUGAUAACUCAUUUUGAUUAGG